AUGAUCACCAUCGCGAAGGAGAAGGGUGUGAGCGGCAUGAUUAGACGACGAGCCAACCACACCUCCCGCAUUCCAUACGACUCAUACGCGAGGAGAUACUCUACGAAGAGAGAAGUAUCGCAUCUCCAAGAACCUCCGCCCGUUGUUUUGCAUGAGACCUUCGAACCGCGAUCGACUAAGACGGUCGAGCCAGGUGUUGUCAUGUUCGACUUUGGACAGAACAUGACUACCAUGGUAAAGAUUAAAGUCAGCGGGCCAGCCGGUUCGGAAGUCAUCAUCCGUUUCUCUGAGACGAUUGGUGAAGAUGGCAAGGUACUCAUGCCCGAUCCACUCUUUAAGCAGUUUGAGACGGGCGUGUUCUGCAAAUUUACUCUUGCUGGUACGGGAGUCGAGACAUGGGAGCCAGACUUUUGCUUCACCAGUGCGCGCUACAUUCAGGUCGAAGGUGUCUCGCUCGAAGAAUGCCAGGGGCUACCGGUGGUGCACUCGCUGGUCAGCAGGCACGUAUCCUCGGCGGCACGUCGUCUCGGCUACGUCAAAACAGACAAAGAAGAUGUCAAUCAGCUCAUCAACAUGUGCUACUGGUCUUUCGUCAGCAACCUCUUCAGCUACCACACUGACUGUCCUCAACUAGAGAAGUUCGGCUGGCUCGAAGUAACGCACCUUCUCGCACCAGCCACGCAGUACAUCCGUGACAUGGAGUCGCUAUAUUCCAAGAUACUCGAUGACAUAGUCGACGCGCAAGAGCCAAACGGUCUUUGCCCUACAAUGGCACCCGAGAUCAGAUACAUGUGCGGCCCUCUACACGACACAAUCACCUGGGGCGGCGCCGUCGCAUUACUCCCAGAAAUCCUGCGCUUCUACUACGAUUCCACUCACGUCUUCGAGAAGCUAUUCGACCCCUGCGUGCGCUACAUGGAAUACAUCAAGACGAAAGAGCGCGACGGCGGACUUAUCGAGCACGGGCUAGGCGACUGGGGCCGCGACAUCGCCUUCGGCAACAACCAAGCCAACAUCGAAACAGCAAUCUACUACCGCUGCCUCCGCAACAUCCAACGCAUGGCGCACGAACUCCGUAAACCAGAUGCCGAGAAGCGGUUCCGCGAAUGGGCCGAUCGCAUCUACCGCGUAUACAACGAGCGCCUCCUCAUUACAGAUAAGAAAGAGUACCCCUACGCGUUCUACACAUCCCGCGACAACCACCCAACCCACGACCGCAACAUGGUCGCGCAAGCCUUCGCCCUCCAAUUCGACCUCGCCCCUCCCUCCCACACCACCGACAUCCAAACCGCCUUCCUAGCCGACUGCUCCUCCGCAGGCAACCGCAUCCAAGCCGGCGAGAUCGGCCUGAAAUACCUCUUCAACACACUCUCCGACCUAAACCGACCAGAUAUAAUCCUGGAAAUGGCGCGCCAGGAGGAACAUCCAAGUUACCUGCGGUUUAUACGGCGGGGUGAAACGACGUUGAAUGAGUUCUGGCAGGAUAAUUGUAGGAGCAAGUGUCAUGAUAUGCUAGGCACGAUAUAUGAGUGGUUUUAUGAGGGGGUGCUGGGGGUCAAGGCGGAGACGGAGGCGUAUAGGAUGUGGAGGGUUAGACCGCCGUUGGGGAGUGAGUUUGGGGUGGUGGAGGGGAGGGUGGAGUGUCCGUAUGGGGGGAUUGAGGUUAGGUAUGAGAAGGGGGAUGAUGGUGGUGGGGGCGAGGAGGUGAAGAUGGAGGUUAGUGUGCCGACUAGUACGACGGGGUAUUUGCUGUUGCCGAGAGAAGAGAGUAGUGUCGUUGUGAGACUUGGUGAGGGUGGUUAUGAAGUAGAGAGGAAGGGGAUGAGGAUAGCGCUUAAGCCAGGCAAGUAUGAGUUGGUUCUGCAGGCAUAA